AUGGAGUAUCUUGCCAAAAUUGUUAGUGAGCAAAAAUUAGAGACUAAUAUUCAGACUAGCCAAGAAAGUUAUUUUUACCAUUCUGAACCAAUUGCUUACAAUCCUAAUUCGAUUGGAAAGUUAAAUCUAACCACCGAUAAAUUUUUCCAAUCUUUCGAACGAGAAGUUAAAGAUAUUACUGAGAGAUUUGGGAAAGCGAGUAGUUUAGUUCAAAUCGAAGGUGGAGUUGAAUUGAAAAUGGAAGAAAAUGCCAUUAAUCUUUUGCAUUCUUAUAUUGACACCAAUAACACCAAAACCCUAAAAAAAAUGUCGGAUUAUCUCUUUAAGGAAACUGGCCAAUUAUUUAGUGUUCCAACCAUUUUUCGAGUAUUAAAGAAAAACAAAACCACUUAUAAAAAGGGAGGAGUUCCUCGUUAUGGUCGUUCUCCUAGUAAUUGUCGAGUAGUUAUUAAGCGACCGGAUAAAAGAGAAGUUAAUUACACUUUGCUGCUUUGUAUUCGGAAUGUAGAAAAGAAUGGAACUAUUCACUACAAACUUAUUAAAGGCGGUGCCAAGACUAAAGAUUUUCACGAGUUUUUAUCUAAUGUUAAUUUUCCUACUGAUAAAGAGAACCAUCUCUUUUUGGAUAAUGCAAGAAUUCAUCAUGCCACCAAAAGUUGCAAGAAGUUAAAACUGUCAACCAUCAAGGAGUUGGCAAUAGAGAAAAAUACCCAACUUAUUCACUUAGUUUCUUAUUCUCCUCAGUUAAAACCAGCAGAGUUAUGUAUCAAUGAAAUUCGGCAGUAUGUGGAAAAACAACGAGCGAGAACCGAAGAGAAGUUAGGAAUUGCGAUAGAUGAAGCGAUUAGAGAAUUACAAAAACAAGAUUUAACUAAAUAUUUCAGAAAAUGUUUUACUUUAAAAUAA